AUGAAUAUCCCCAGCGACACCCCCGGUGAUUCUCGAGCUCCCAAACAUCACCAUGGGGAGCUUGAAGCAGAGCCGCUUGUCAAUCAUCCUACUCGAUACUACAAAGACGGAAAUUUUAUAUUUCAAUGCGGCCAGACACUCUUCUGCGUCCACCGCACCGUCGUCACCAAGGUCUCGACUGUGUUUAAGGAGAUGCUCGCACUCGAUCGCAUUCAUGAGACCAUCCGUGGUUGCACGCUUCUCAAAAUUGACGACAACGAAAGCGACAUGGUGUCGUUUCUCAACGCGUUGUAUGGUGAACGGUACAUUGGGCUGCGGAUGACCUCUGCAAAUUUCCCUCUAUCCAGCGUCCUCCGUCUCGCGCACAAGUACCGUGUCGCACACAUGAAAACCGAAUUUAUUGUGGCUCUGCAUGCUGCUUGGCCAUCUAACCUCCCUCAGCACCUGCAAUUCACACAUGACCUCGCUGCAUGCUGCGCUUUGCAGUCGUAUAUUCAAGACCUGCCCAUCGACCUAUCCAAGGUCAUAGACCCGGAGGUCGAUACAAACACCACAACAAACGUGCCCGUCCACCCGGCCGCGGUAAUCGCGCUUCUGCGUGCCAUCAACUACGAUGACCAAGGGUUACUCAUGGCACCCUUUACGACGUCAGUCGCUGCAUCCUUCAACUCAGCAGCGGUGUAUAUACCAACCAUCCUCUUUCCUGCCUUGCGCCCGCCGAUAUUGAGCGGUUCGUGA